UCACAAUCUGGCAACCACAACAGGGCUAACAGACAGUGUGGUUUCAGCAGUCGGUUGUUUGUUUACGAUUUAAUCUUUAAUAUUACAGACAAUAAUCCGGACCUUCAGCUGUAAUUUCCUAAAGGGUUCCUCACUGUGAGUCAUGCAUGUGCCGUGUAGGACGACUUUGCUGGUUUUGACGUGCUUGCUGUGGUCGCUGAGCUUCACGCCACGGUGCAGCUCGAAACCCGACCCACACCAACGCCAGGCUCUGAUAGAGAUGGAGGCGAGGCGAGCGACCGGCGGAGGUGUGGUGCUGAACGAGAAAGAAAAGUUGGUGGAUAAAAAGCUGCAGCAGAUGAAACUGCAGGAAAUGGAAGCGCCGGACUUCCCACCUGCCAUGCACUUCUUUAAAGCCAAACCACUGAUCGAUGCCAGUCCAGUCUUCAGCUUCCUACGGAAGAUGCCCAAGGGUGCAGCUCUACAUGUGCAUGACUUUGCCAUGGUGGGAGUGGAGUGGCUGGUGAAGAACGUGACCUACAGGGAGAACUGUUACGUGUGCUUCAACGACGAGAACUCUGUUCGCUUUGUCUUCUCGUCUGUGCAGCCCAAAGCGCUGCCUCACUGCUCCACAUGGACAUUACUCAAAACCUUGAGGGAGAAACUCAACUCCACCGAGCUGGAUAACAGCUUCAUUCGAAACCUCACGCUGGUUACUGAGGACCCAGACAGCGAGUACCCCAACCAGGACGUCGUCUGGAAGAGGUUCGAACAAGCCUUCUUGGUGGCCUACGGGCUCGUCACGUACGCUCCGGUCUUCAAGGAAUACCUUUACAAAGGUCUCGCACAGUUCUACGAGGACAACAUCAUGUACGUGGAGAUCCGAGCUCUUCUGCCGCCGACGUACGAGCUGGACGGCAGAACGAACACUAGGGAAUGGAGCUUGAAUGCUUGUUCGGAGGUGAUCAAAUGCUUCAAGGCACACCAUCCAGGCUUCUUUGGAGCUCGAAUCAUUUUCACCGUCCACAGAGGCUUAAAUUCGACCCAAGCUGUACAGAUAAUCGACGAGGCCAUGAGGCUGCACAAGAAGUUUCCAGAAGUCAUGGCAGGCUUUGACUUUGUGGGUCGUGAAGACAAAGGAAAUCCUCUGUGGUACUUCAGAGAGGCUUUGGGGCUGCCAGAGAAGCGCAGCGUCGAUCUGCCCUACUUCUUCCAUGCAGGAGAGACAAAUUUCCUGGGCACAGCAGUGGACCAGAACAUGAUGGACGCCCUGCUCUUCAACUCGUCUCGGAUCGGACACGGCUACGCGUUGGCACAUCACCCCGUAGUCAAAGAGCUCGCCAGGAAGAUGGAUGUAGCAGUGGAGGUUUGCCCCAUCUCUAAUCAGGUCCUGAAGCUGGUCUCAGAUCUGCGAAACCAUCCUGCAGCUGGACUGAUGGCAGAGGGUUUUCCCAUUGUGAUCAGCUCUGAUGACCCAGCGCUGUUUGGAGCCAGCGGUCUCUCACACGACUUUUACCAGGCGUUCAUGGGCUUCGGUGGAAUGAAAUCGAAUUUGUCGACACUAAAAGAGCUCGUGUUCAACUCUCUGAAGUUCAGCUCUUUGUCUCCCACCGAGAAGAAAAACGGCAUCGCAAAUUUAUUAGUGGACUGGGACAAGUUCAUCUCCGAGACUUUGCUCUAGACCCAGUGGAGAAACUCAGGAACUCUUCAGUGGAAAGUGGAGAGAAAGAAAAAUGGGGUUUUCUAUUUAUCAGGGCUUUUGCUGGAGGAUGGACCAUUUGAUGCUUUUGAUUUAAUGUAUUUUUUUAUUUCUACUGCAUUAUUUCAGCUGGAUAUUCGCUUUAUCUGGAGCCAAGCGUGUGGCUCUAUUCAGACUUCUAAGUUCCACGAUCGCCCUCUGCUGGAGUUAUUCUUUUAUUGCACCCCACCUGUGCUACAUUUGACUCUCUGGUACAGUUUUAGAGCUCGAGGUUUUCACCUCAGGUCAAUUUCUGUAGCCAGUAAUAAAACUGACGAUAAAACAGCAACUCGGACCAUGCACAUUUACAAAAAUACAAGACUUUUACAUAAUACAUGUGAAAGGUGUACAACAGAAUUUGACCUAUGAUUUUUCAUUGACCUAAUGAUAAUAAUAAAUAAUUUUUUUUUAUCUCAGGGUAUUAUAGUAAGAACAUCAUCAAGAAUUAUAAAGUAUUAAAACAUUUCCUGUAUAUAUCAUGAGUUCAAAGCACAGUAACACCAAGCUGCCAAUGCUGGGAUCUUAAACAAGGGCCUUAGCCUUUAAUUUCUCAGUAGUAAGAAUGAUUUCAUUGUUAGUGGAUAAUGUAAAUUUUUUUUUUUUUUACAAUUAUUGGUAUUUGAUCAUUUCCCAAUAACAGCAUGCUUUCAAGUGUCUUCUAGAGCGAUCUGGCAAUGCAAUCCAACAAUAAUUUAUUUAAAAAAACACAUUUUUAUCCAUUUAUAGUUACAGGAUGUGGAACAUCAACGUUACAUUAAAGCAGCUAUAAGCAGUUACUUUAAUAGAUUCCACUUUUCUUUUCUCUUCUUUCUACUGAAAGUAAUGACAUAAAAAAAUCCCUGCAUCAGGACUAAAAGUUACACCUUGACCCGUAACUGUUUCAACAUCCUGACACUGGAGACUCCUUUAAGAACAUCUUUCUCAUGGAAAACGUCAGCAGAAUUAAUCCCUGUGAUUAAACGGUAACUAUAGAAACGCUAGCCUAUGAAAUGAAGUGCAUUAAUACUGUAUCAACCUGUGACACUACGGUCAGACCUGCUAUUAUCAAACAUUUAGCUACACCUUCUGACCAAUCAGAAUCGAGCAUUUAUGAGCACAUGGAAUUUCGAGGAAUAUUUUAACCACCUUUUUUUUAUUAUCUUACACAGCAUUUGUAUGUAUUUGUGUGUGUGUGUGUGUGUGUGUGUGUGUGUGUGUGUAUUUGUGUUGCUUUUUUUAAAUACAGAUUAUAAUGAUAAAGUGUAUUCUCAGGAACACUAAAAAGAUGAGAUCAUUCAGUUCCUCUAGAAUCAAUGUCAUUGUAGAAAUGUUAACACAUCUGCAGUAAAUGUACUGAGAUUCUCUCUGA